AUGGAGACAGUAAUGAAGAUGAGAUUUAAAAGCUGGUUUUUCUUCCUAGUUAUGAUGUAUUCAGGCAAACUUCUUGCAGAAGAUAAGCCUUGUGAUUUGCCACAUAUCGAAAAUGGAAGGAUUGCCCAGUACUACUAUAAUUUCAAAAGUCACUAUUUCCCUAUGCGUAAAGGAAAAAAGCUUUCCUAUUCCUGUAUGGUUGGUUAUACAACUGAAGCUGGGACUCAAGAUGGAAGAAUAACUUGUACUGCAAAAGGCUGGUCUCCAGUGCCAUGCUGCUACAGAAAAUGUAACAAGCCUCUUCUGGAGAAUGGCGCUUUUUAUGGUACAGAAAUGUAUUUCAAAGUGCACGAGAAAGUGCAAUACAAAUGUAAUCCAGGCUACCACACUCCAAGUGGUGGAACUGAAGAUACAGUACAAUGUCAACCUGGAGGAUGGAUCUACCAGCCAAGCUGUACUAAAAAAUUUGAGUCAUGUCAAGUACCAAGUUUACACCAUGGCAAUUACCUCACAGCUCAGCAAGAGCUUCAGCUGAAUGAAACACUGCUAUACAAAUGUGAUGAGGGAUAUCGUACUGCAGGAGGAAACACUACAGAAGAAGCUGUGUGUCUAUCGCAUGGGUGGUCCCUUCCUCCAAAAUGCAGUAGAAUAACUUGUUCCUCUUUGAGUGCAAUAGCACAUGGGGAUUUUUAUCCUGUGAAGAAAAACUAUGAAGAGGGAGAUGUAGUUCAUUUUUAUUGUGAGGAAAAUUAUUCUGUUAAUGAAUUUGACCUAAUUCAAUGUUAUUAUUUUGGAUGGUAUCCAGACCCUCCAGUGUGUGAAGAUAUAAAAAAUAAAUGUCCUCCACCACCACUUCCUCCUCAUGCCCUUAUCAUCACAGAUAGAAGAACAUAUCAUAAUGGAGAUAAAGUUCGUAUACAGUGUCAAAGUACAUUUGAAAUAAGAGGAUCUGAAGAAAUCCAGUGUGAAAAAGGAAAAUGGACAUCACCCCCUAUUUGUAUUGCAACUACAGACAAAUUGGAAUCUGAGGCACCAUCAUUACUUGAGGCAGAUGCAGCAACAAAGACAAGCAAAACAUAUCACAAUGAAGAUAUGAAAACGCAGCAAGACUGUACCUCUCCGCCUGUGAUUAAAAAUGGUGCUGUUCUUGGUCCAUUAUUGACAAGUUACAAAAAUGGUUCCUCAAUAGAAUAUGGUUGUCAGCGUUAUCAUUUUUUGGAUGGACCUAGUACAGUUUACUGCCAACAAGGAAACUGGACAGAACCACCAGCUUGCUUCGAACCGUGUAUUCUUAAUAUAACUGAUAUGAACAGCAGCAACAUAGAGCUGAAAUGGAGACAAGAAGAAUUAAUUUUUCUUCAUGGAGAUCUUGUAGAGUUUGAAUGUAAACAGGGGUACGGUUUUCUCCAGACUACCCUUCUGUCUCCUGGGAGGACACAGUGUAGCCACGGCAGGCUGAAAUAUCCAAAAUGCAUUAUGCAAGCUCCUGCAGAAAAAUGUGACUCUCCACCUUCUAUUGCGAAUGGAGCUCUUACACUCCCACCCCUGACUCAAUAUGACAAUGGUUCUUCUGUUCAGUAUAGUUGCUCUGAGUAUCAUUUUUUGCAAGGAUCUGAGAAAAUCUACUGUUCUGAAGGACAAUGGACUUCACCACCAGUGUGUAUAGAGCCAUGUAUUUUGUCAAAAAGUGAAAUGGAGAAAAAUAAUGUACUACUGCAAGGGUUCUAUGAAAAUCAAGUUUACUUUUACCAUGGGGAUUACGUUGGUUUUUACUGUAAACAGAACCAUUUUGGAGCAGAAUCUGGUACAACAUUAUUUCAAGUGCAGUGUAAGAGAGGACAGCUGAUGUAUCCAAGGUGUGUUGAAAGAGAAAAAUAAAUAUGGGCUUCAGGAAAGCCUACAGGGAAGGUAUGUGCAUGUUCUUUAUCUGGUAUUAACACCUGAAUUAAAGUGGUCUUACAUUUUUAAGAUCACUACAGUCAGCUUUGAAAAAUGAGUGAUCAGUUGCAUUGUUGGGUCUGAGCUGAAGGGAAAGCGAAGUGAAAGGGCUUUGUGGUGUGAGGACAAGGAGUGCAGCAGAAGAAUGUAAUACUGGCAUAUGCAUAGAAAAUUUAGGAUGUAGGAGUUUCAUAAGGUUUACACCGACAAACCUGAAGAUGCAUCACCAUCUGGAGGGCCAGAGCAAAGCCACCACAAUGCUGAGCAAGUAGUGCCCUUUGUGAGGACAUUGACAAUUUUGACAGCAUGGAUGCUUUUGUGACUACAGAAUAUAGCUAACUUGAGACUUUGUGCCCUUCAAAUGGAUGUUGAACCCUAAUUUUACAGUGAGGCCUAUUAUUUUGUACAUCUUAACAGCACCCAUGUCUUCUUUCACAGGUAAGAACCCUCUAAUGGACAAGGCUUAAAGUACAAGAAUAAAAAAGCAAGUAUAAAAACAAAGUUUCAUUUAAGGGAUCUAUGAAACCAUUUAAAACCUAAAAUGUUCAACUUCUACUGAGUAGUUAAUUAUUAUUCUUAAAAAAGAUCAAGCAAGCAUCAUUUUGCUAAUUGAGAGCAUUUAAAUUAUGAAAAUAUCUAGUCCAACUACUUUGUAUGAUUUCCUAUGACACUUAAACAUUGGUACUCUUGGAACUUUGCCUGUGAAGGAAGAUAUGAAUAAAGUUCAGGAAUACAGACAUUUGCCUUGCAUCCAUUUUGUUAUGUUUUAAUAAAAACGUUGUUGUAAGGGUUUCUUCUGUAUUUUGUGUAAAAUCCAUCUUUCUCUGAUAUUAUUGCAUGUAUGCUGUUCUGUAUGGUUUUCCAAAGCUUUUGUGAGUGCUAGGUGAAUAGACCAAAAAUAAAUUCAAGCAUUCAAGAAAUGGAGAAGUUCUGCUUAUUUGAUCAAAAUCCAGCCAACCAUUUGGUGGGAGAA